CUCCGCACAGGUUGGCCGGCGGCUCGCCGUUGCUUGCUGCCGGCCCGAAGCUCGAGCUCGCUAGCCCACUGCUCAAUCGUUGUUUUGGCGGUGCGUGGACGAGACCGGUACCCACGAACUAGUGUCAGCGGAAGAAGGUCCGCGUCCGCGUCCAGGCCAUGCCGAAGGUCAAGUCCGAGUCCACGGCGGAGCGGCGGAGCGAAGGCUCCGGCUGGCAGGGCGGCCAGCUGUUCGGCUCCGAGAACACCGAGACCACCUUCACGGGGGGCGGCUUCAAGGACAAGGAGAAGGCCAAGGAGACCCUGAAGCUGCUGGACGGCCGCGACAUCAACUAUCAGUACCAGGUGAUCAACUCCAUGUUCAACCGCGCCAAAGUCAUCCUCAAGAGGACCAAGGACGCUGAGAAAGUGAAGAACUUGCAGGAGGCUGUGUCCACCUUCGAGGAUUGGCUGGACGACUACAAGACCCACUCCAGGUCCAAGGAGAACUUCGGCUACCUGCCGCUGGACACGGUGCACGCGUUUGAGCGCCUGGCCAAGGAGCAGGGCGUCCUCAACGGCAAGGGCCCCACCUUCUUGCAGGUGUACGAGGAGGCCGACGGCGACCUCAAGAAGCUCAGGGUGAAGAAGGUUGACGGCGCCGACACGACCUGGGACAUCCACCGCAACAGGAACCUGAAGCCCUUGGUGGAGAAGCUGAACAAGGACAACGAGCCCCUGUACACCAGCAAGGGGCAGCCCUCGAAGCAGCACCUCGCCCUCAUCGUUUGGGGGUACAGCCCCGAGGCGGGCAAGGUCAAGAAGCUCGCUGCGGCCGGUGCGAAGGAGGCCAAGAAGAGCAGCAGCGAGGACGAGUCGUCUUAGGAGUCGUGUGAAAAAUGGACUGCCACAAACAGCCAGCUGUGAUAGAGUUGACUUGACUGAGCUGAAGCAUUUAAGUCAGCUGUGCUACAGACGACUGAUUCAAUUAAGUUAAGUUGAAAAUGUUAACGCUUAUUCUGUGCCCCUGUACUUAGGCCGUUAAAGCUGGAGCUACCUGCCACGUUGCUAAGCUGGAGUGUAACGGGUAAUUUUAUAGACUCUGUAUCAGAUGUCUUGACACAAACGUAUUUAUUAUUUUGUCCUACUGAUAUUUCUGUUUGUAAAAGGGAUUUCUUUCCUUGUAUUCUGUACAUUCUUUGGGGAGAAGAAUAUAUUUUUGUGAUCUGUACCCAAAUAAACCGACUGCAAAUUCACCUGAAUAA